AUGGACAUUGUGGCUGGCAGAAGCCAAGGGGACAAUGGAGAGGCGGAGCUCAGAAAGCUGGAAGCGUUUGAAUUGGAGGCGCAACAGAGAGAAGAUGAGCAAUCGAAGAGAGCCGAAAUGAGGAGGUCAUUCGAGUCAUCGCAACAUGAUCCCAACACAACAAUAAGCGACAACUCCACGGGAGAGGAAAUCAAAGAAGAAGAAAAGGAAGAUGAUAUCUCUAUUUUGAAGGUAGUACAAGACCGAAUACAGAAUUAUCAUCAAGUUACCACCAGCAAAACUCCAUCAGCAGAAGCUGGCUGUCCCAGCACAGCAGGCGACAACUCCACGGGAAAGGAAACCAGAGAAGAAGAAAUUGGUCUAGUACAGGACGAGCUUGCUUUUCCGCAACCAAGGUUGGCUUGUGGACAAAAUCUGCCAGAUGCUACCAUGCGUCCAGGAGCCUACACAGCGGUCCCUGGAUCUGAUCUCCAAAGAACCACAACACUCAGUCGCUCAUUGGUGGGAGCUACUUCUUCUUCUCAUGUUGAAGAGCUUACAUCAAAUGCAAACACAAGGAAUCAGAGUACGGCAGAUGACCAAGCCGCAACUCCCCCAGGCAACAAUAAUGGAUUGGCAGUGGCGAACCAGGUCGAAGAAAAUGAAGAACCAACACAGAUUGCUAGACCCGACCAUUUGCAUGGGGAGAACAAAUCAACCUCAAUGGCUCUUAUGAUCCUUGUCCUCAUUGGUAGCAUUCUUGUUGUUGGAGUGAUUGUUGGUUCCAUAUGUGGGGCUGGUCUCUGCAGCAACAAAGAAGGCGAUAUGGAGACUCAGGCUCCCACUUCCUUUCGAUCCAUUGUUAAGGUGGACAUUCAAAACAGAAUCGAAGAAGCCUUUGGACCUGACUAUUUUCCCAAAAAUGAUGAACCAGAACCCUCCCAGCCAAAGCUCAAGGCUCUUGAUUGGAUUGUGUUUGAGGAUCCAAUGCAGCUCAACCCAGAUGUCAACAAUCUUCUACAGAGAUUCAUCUUGUCAUUGACUUACUUUCAAACAUCCCGGGAGAGUGAUUGGCUUGCCUGUGGACCAUCUAAAACUGCAAACGAUGAAACAUGUUGGAUUGAUAUCAAUGUUUCCGGAUCAGUUGGAAGUAGGUGGCUUACAGGUGUUCACGAAUGUCAAUGGGGAGGAAUUUAUUGUGAUGGAGAGAAGGAUGUUACUCGGUUGGAUCUCAGGAACAAUGGAUUGAACGGCCCGCUGCCCACAGAACUUUCAAGUCUUUCCACACUGGCAAGAAUACUCUUUCAGGGGAAUCAACUGACAGGCACGGUUCCAAGCAUAUAUGGCAGCUUCCUUUCCCUUUCUUCACUGAAUCUCUUCAACAACCACCUGUCUGGAAGUAUUCCUGUGGAAUUGUUUGGAAACAAGCUCUCCUUAUUAGCUCUCGUAAACAAUUCACUAACAGGCACAGUGCCCACAGAAGUUGGACUCUUUGAUGGGGUCACACUUGCAUUUGGUUUAAACAGCUUGUCUGGUUCCCUUCCUACAGAGCUCUUUCAGACUGAAAAAAGAAUCCAUUCGUUUCAUUUCAAUGACAAUAAGCUAACAGGAACUCUACCCACUGAAAUUGGAGCAUUGCAUGGACGUAAUCGAGUCGACCUACAUUUGCAAGGGAACCCUUUGCGCGGAACCAUCCCAUCUGAAAUUGGACUUCUGCAAGGUGCUCUCCAUCAACUUGAUAUCAGUUGGACCCAUAUGGAUGGCUCCCUACCAGAGGAACUCUUUACAGAAUGUACCAACUUAGUUUCACUUUGGGUCUCCAACUGUGGCUUGACUGGGACAAUCAGCACUGGACUGCAGCUUUUGUCAAAGCUGCAAUGGUUUGACAUUUCCAACAACAAGUUCCAUGGCACCAUCCCAACACAGCUUUCUGCUCUGACACAGCUGCGUCGGUUUAUUGUGAAUGGGAAUGGCAUUUCUGGUUCCAUUCCAUCGUCUCUCUGCACUCUGGCAGAGCCCACAAAGCGCACAUUUGAAGUGGCAGCUGACUGUUUGCCAAGGGAUGGCAGAGGUGAUCCCAAGGCUCCUGUGGGUAUUGCUUGCCGCAAGCAGCAAAUGAACCAGUUGACAGGAUAG